CGGGGCCUGCGCUGACCACGCCUCUCCUGGUCCGCGGCCUUAGGCGCCGCACCCACACUUCGCUACGCAGCUGCGGUCUGCACCAGCCAAGCGGAGGUGAUCCAGAAACACCGGAUUUACUCACCUGUCUUCGGUGGGGUUCACAGUUGCUCCUGCUGCGCAGUGCCCCAGGGCUGGGUGGCGUCCUCACGUGUUCCCUCUCCCGGCAGAGCCAAGAUGGCAGUCCUCUCCAAGGAGUAUGGUUUCGUGGUCCUGACCGGGGCUGCCAGCUUCCUCAUGGUGGCCCACCUGGCCAUCAACGUUGCCAAGGCCCGCAAGAAGUACAAGGUGGAGUACCCGACCAUGUACAGCAUGGACCCUGAGAACGGGCACCUCUUCAACUGCAUCCAGCGAGCUCACCAGAACACGUUGGAAGUGUAUCCUCCCUUCUUAUUUUUUCUAGCUGUUGGAGGUGUUUACCACCCGAGAGUAGUUUCUGGUUUGGGCUUGGCCUGGAUUGUUGGACGAGUUCUUUAUGCGUAUGGCUAUUACACAGGAGACCCCGGCAAGCGGAGAAGGGGAACCCUGGGCUCUGUCGCCCUCAUCGGCCUGAUGGGCACGACUGUGUGCUCUGCCUUCCAGCAUCUUGGUUGGGUUAAAACUGGCCUGGGCAGUGGGUCCAAAUGCUGCCACUGAAGAAUUAGAGAGUGUUUACAAAUUCAUUCAUUUUGAGUGACUUGCUUUUAUUUACACUGACUUUUUUUUCUAAAUAUAAUAAAAAUCUUAUCUGGCAUCAGCCUCAUACAUGA